AUGAAUGACAUCAUCAACAUCAGAACUAGGAAUUUCAUGACAAAGAAUCUUCUUCGAUAUAAACAGAUGGUUAUAGAUGUCCUUCACCCUGGAAAGGUCACAGAAUCUAAGACUGACAAUCAAGAAAAACUAGUCAAGUUGUACAAGACAACUCUAGAUGUCAUUUUUGUCAUUGAUUUUGAUACCCAUUUUGUUGGUGGCAAAAUAAAAGGCUUUGGCAUGAUUUAUGAUUCUCUUGACUAUGUAGGAAAAAAUAAACCAAAGCACAAGUUUUCAAGGUGUGGUCUGUAUCAGGUGAAAAAAACAUCAAGAAAGUAA